CAACUCGAAUGCAGCAUGUACUUUUGACUUUUCUUCUAUGACGUUUGAUGUAGGAUGUCGGUGAUUUCACCACAGAAUAGUAAACAAUUUCACAGUUGACCAAUGUAACGUUGAGAGAUACAAAAAUGUUUAUUAUUUUUAUUUGUGUUUGUUUAGAAUUAAGUUGAAAAUAACCACAGUUUUUUCAUGUGUACUAUUUCCCUUCUGAAAAAAAUAACAUUACAGAAUCAAACUGAAAAGUAUGGAAUAUAAAAAAUAUUUUUUUGUCGGAUUUCUGUGUGUUACCAAUGUAUUAGGGGCAACUGAAUUCAUGAAGGGAUUACCAAUAGAAAUGCGACCAACAGCUCAGAAAAAAAUUGAAACUGCCAAUGUACUUAAUGGUGAUGGUUCUCAAAUUUCUUUUUACAUAGAAUCAUCAGAUCAGGAAUCCAAGAAUAAUGAACCUAAGAAAGACCUUGAAAGUAAUCAGCAAACUGAUGAUCAUUCGAAGAAUCAGGAAAAGCUCGGCAAAGUUAGUGUAAAAAAACAACUGGACCAAAAAUAUUCACAUGUGAAUAAUCCUGUACAAAAUAAAAAUAAUUCAAUUGUGCAAACCUCAGAGAAAAGUAACACAAUUGAUUCUGUUGAACCACAAAACAUUGAAAGUGGUGCUGUGAUGAGAGGAGUAUUGGUUUUUGUUGGAAUUGGAAUGCUAUUUUUGGUAUAUGUAGGCUGUAAAACUUAUAGGAGAAAACCCAAUGUUAAGGUACGUAAAUAUGGAGUUCGAACCAGAAGGUCAGAUGUGGAAAUGACACCUUUGCCGCUGCUAAAUGAGGAUGAAGAAGAUGAAACUGUUUUUGAUGUGGGAACAUUGAACAGGACUUGAGUUUUGAUGUUUUCUAAUGGAAAAUCAAAGUCAAUUCAGUAUCCUACUUGUACAGUUAACAUUACUAAUUUAUUACCUGAAAUAAAAUACUUUCUUGAUUUUA